CUACUUCUGUUGUCUUUGUGUAAAGCAGUGGAGCGCCCGAUCUCACGCUAUCACUCUUCCCUCUUCCCCGAAUCCUUUUAAAACUCUCCCCUGGGUUUCUACCCUCCCGAACCUCUCCCCUUCUACCCCACCCUCCCCCCGACAACACAUCUCAAAACACGGAUCAGAUCCCAUCUUUGUGACCAAAGACCCCCAGUUUUGACCCUUAAACUACAGCUUCUCCCAUCCAGUACUAAUUAUGGACUCCGGUGUGAUUGAAGGAGGACUCAAUGUCACCCUUACCAUUCGAUUGCUGAUGCACGGCAAGGAAGUCGGAAGCAUCAUCGGCAAGAAAGGUGAAUCUGUGAAAAAGAUGAGAGAAGAGAGCGGGGCUCGCAUUAACAUCUCAGAGGGGAACUGUCCUGAGAGGAUCAUCACUCUGGCAGGCCCCACCACCGCCAUCUUCAAAGCAUUCUCCAUGAUCAUCGAAAAGCUGGAGGAGGACAUCAGCAGCUCCAUGACGAACAGCACGGCCACCAGCAAGCCCCCGGUCACCCUACGCAUCGUGGUGCCAGCCAGCCAGUGUGGCUCCCUCAUCGGCAAAGGGGGUUGCAAGAUCAAAGAAAUAAGAGAGUCGACAGGUGCUCAGGUACAGGUGGCAGGGGACAUGCUUCCUAACUCUACAGAACGGGCCAUUACUAUCGCAGGGACGCCUCAGUCCAUUAUCGAGUGUGUCAAGCAGAUCUGUGUAGUUAUGCUCGAGGUAAGUUCUCCCCCUAAGGGGGUCACCAUCCCGUACCGACCCAAACCUUCAGGAUCCCCUGUCAUCUUUGCUGGAGGACAGGCGUACGCAGUUCAAGGACAGCAUGCCAUACCCCAGCCAGACUCUUCCUCUGCCUCUAUCUCUCCACAGCUCACCAAGCUCCACCAGCUGGCCAUGCAGCAGAGCCCCUUUCCCAUGGGCCCUAACAACACAGGGUUUCAAGAUUUAGGAGGGAUGGAUGCGUCUGCCCAGACCAGCUCCCAUGAGAUGACCAUUCCAAAUGAUUUGAUUGGCUGCAUAAUCGGUCGCCAGGGUUCUAAGAUCAAUGAGAUCCGUCAGAUGUCGGGUGCCCAGAUAAAGAUCGCCAACCCUGUGGAUGGCUCCGCAGACAGACAGGUCAUCAUCACUGGUUCUGCUGCCUCCAUCAGCCUGGCAGAGUACCUCAUCAACGCCAGGCUCUCAUCUGAAGCAACAGGACUGGCGACCAACUGAUAGAACAGGCUCUGCAUAGAUGUGAUCUGCACUAACCCCCCCCACACACACACACACACACACAUUUUACCCUCUACCACUCAUUGUUCCAUCACUCAGCUCUCUCCUUUAGUGGUCAAUGCAACUAUCCAACAUAGUUUUUUUUUUUUUUUUUUUUUUUUGUCAUUUAAAAAUCACACCACCCACCCAUUUUAAAAUAAUAAUAAUUUGUUUAUCUGCAUUCAUUUGUUUUUUACGAAGAAAACAAUUUGGUUUUUAGGUCCCUUUUGAGUCCGUGUUGAAAGUUUUAAUGAUUUAUUCUUAGUUAAAUUUUUUGGGGGGGGAAUGAAAGCUCUCCUUGUCUGUCUUUACACUGUCACAAAAGACUAGAUAGAGGAGAAUAAUCUAAAGGGUUAAUUCUGUAAAAGGUAGUUGUUUUUUUCUUUAAAAAUGAAAAGGAAAAAAUAAAUAAAAGCCUCUAAAAUAAAAA